AUGCGUCCUGCAGCUUGCGGGAGUUUAGACUACUGUACAUGCAAACCGCCCUCCCACUACGAGCCCCGGAUCCAAACCCUGUUAUCACAAGGGGGAAACGUGGAAUGUUCAAGCCUCGGAACUGUUGUCAUCAUUCCUCCCCGUUCAUCUCUUAAGGUUCCUAUCAAAGUCAAGUCAGAGCUGCCUGACGAUCGUGACUAUAUGUUCACCCCAGAAUCACGCACUAAGGCCCUUUAUAAUCAUGUGGUUGAUUCUAAUUUUUCAUUUGUCAUUGCACGGAAUGAUGAAGAUGCACCUGUCACUUUUGCUCGCCAUGAACGUAUUGGAACGCUUGAGGAUGCCACUUUCACUACUGCAUAUCAGGUGUCUCCCGAUGCCGCCAAUCUCGCACGAUUAGCCGCUGAGCCUGCCCCUUUUGAACGACCUAAUAUCUCUGUACCUUCCGCGCCGCUGCAUCUUGAAACAAAGCUCCCUAACGGUAUUACUGUCUACGGGGAUCAUAUAACGGUGGCCGCGUUGAAACAGGUUGUGGAAGCGUAUGCCAUUUGGGGAGAAAAUGAAGGGUUUGUGAAUAUCCCAGAGGACCAAUGGAUGGAGAUCCCACUUGUGGAAGGCUGGGAAAGCAAAGUGCCUAAAAGCCGUGUCUAUCACCUCGGCCCGAAGGAUCGCGAAGUGGUGGACGAGACAUUUGAUGAGCUUCACCAUAAAGGCCGUAUGGAGUGGGCUACAGGCCACACACCUACCUGUUUUCCAGUCUUCGUGGUUUGGAAAGACGUCAUCAAACCUGACGGCAAGGUAAUUCGCAAAGGUCGUGCAGUAGUAGACCUACGCAACCUUAAGAAGAUUGUUGAGCAUGACUGCUAUCCCGUUCCAACACAGGAGGACAUUAUUAAGCUCACAAACGGCUGUCAUUACAUCUCGGUCAUCGAUGCUACAAAGUUCUACUAUCAAUGGCGUGUCAAACCUGCGCACCGCAAUCGUAUCGCAGUUAUAUCUCAUCGGGGACAAGAGAUUUUCAACGUCUGUAUUAUGGGAAACUGCAACGCUGUGGCAUACGUGCAGAGACAAAUGGAUCUACAUCUCAAAGAAUUGGCUAUGUUUUGCAGGGCUUAUAUUAAUGAUAUUGUCAUUGCUUCUCGCACCUUAGAUGAUCACAUCCAGCAUCUCCAUAUGCUUUUUCAGAAGCUGACAGAUUUGAACAUCUCUAUCUCACCAGACAAGUCGUACAUUGGUUUUCCAAAUGUUCAGCUGCUUGGCCAACGUGUAGAUGCCCUGGGCAUGUCUACAGUUGAAGAAAAGCUCAAAGCUAUCACGAGCCUCUCUUUCCCGCGUUCACUGAAAGAGCUGGAGACGUAUCUCGGCAUGACUGGCGCUCUUCGUCACUAUAUUGCCCAUUUUGCGCAGAAAUCCGCCCCGCUUCAGGAUCGCAAGGCUCGUUUGCUGAAAGGCAGUCCGGUCAAAGGUGCUCCCCGCCAACGUUUUGCAGCACGUACAGCAUAUCUUGACCCUACAUCUGAUGAGCUUGACUCUUUUAUGCAGCUGCAAGCUGAAUUCGCUCGGCCUAAGUGGCUAGCACAUCAUGAUCGCGAACGGAGACUGUAUAUGGAGCUAGAUUCCUCUAAGGAGCGUGGCCAUGGCGCAGUGGUCUAUCAUGUCAAGAAGGAAUACGAUCAUGCAGAAUUGAAGAAGCCGCCUCCCCGCGCAAUGAUGGAGCCCAUCAUGUUUUUUAGUCGUACGCUGACACCGGCUGAGCGACAUUACUGGCCUACAGAGCUCGAAGUUUCUAGCCUCAUCUGGGUGCUACGGAAAAUACGACACUUAGUUGAAGCAGCACCUUGUGACCUGCUUCCCGUGAUCUAUACUGAUCACAGUGCCACGAUCAGUAUUGCGAAACAAUCUUCAUUGACGUCGAGCUCCACAGAUCGCCUGAAUCUACGCCUUGUACGAGCUUCACAGUACAUUCAGCAAUUCAAUCUUCUUAUCUACCACAAGCCAGGCAAAGAAAACGUGGUGGCAGACGCCCUCUCUCGGUUGCCCGCUGCGGAUAUGACGCCGUCCUCAGAGCCUGAUCUUGAUGUGUUGUACGUCACUGUUGAAGAUGAAUCUUACGCCUUGAUCCUAUCUGUUGUUGAAUUGAGUGAUGGAUUCAAAAACCGCUUGAAGGACGCGUAUCUGGAGGAUCAUCGCGCAAAGGCCAUCCUUGAUAUGCUUCGAGCUCCAACCGAUGAUCCAAUUAAGACAGUCUUACCAUACAAGGAAGAAGAUGGCCUUCUAUACUCCUUACGAAACGCAGAUGAUUGGUGGCUCUAUAUUCCGUAUAGCGUGGCGCAGGAGAUCUUCCGCAUGGUUCAUGAUGAUCAGGGACAUCAAGGUUUUGAUCGCGCGUAUGCGAAGAUGCGAGGGUAUGCAAUCUACAAGGGUGUUUCUCGUCUCCGGGAAUAUAUCAAACAUUGCCCUGAGUGCCUUAUAAACGCCCCCCGCACUCACAAGCCGUACGGUUCAUUGCAGCCCAUCCUCUCGCCGCCAAUUCCCUAUCACACGCUCACAAUUGACUUCAUUCUUGGCCUUCCUGUCUCCAAGGGUGGCAAUGACGCGAUCUUAUCACAGACUGACAAGUUUACAAAGCAGAUUGGCCUCAUUGCAGGUAAAGCUACAUGGUCUGCAGAAGAUUGGGCUAUUGCGUUAGUAGAUUUCUGGCAACGCGCUGAUUGGGGAGUGCCUGUUGUCAUUAUAUGUGAUCGUGAUCGCAAGUUCCUGAGUGCUCUAUGGACAUCUAUUUUCCAAGGACUCGGAGUACAGAUGCUGUACGCCACUGCUUAUCACCAACAAACUGAUGGUCAAUCGGAACGUACUAAUCUCACCGUUGGUAUCAUGGUACGCCAUUGGGCUGCUACGCAUCCUGAUAAGGAUUGGGAACAGGCCUUACCAUCCUUUCAAGCAACACUAAACGGCUCAGUUAACAUCUCGACCGGAGUUGAACCUCAUGUUCUAAUGUACGGUAUGAAGCUGCGUACACCGUGGAACAUGCUUCGCUCAGCAUUCAAGCAGGAUUUUGCAUCCAGAGAUGACGCGAAGGAGAGUCUCAAUUGGGCGAUGAUACGGAUGAAGCGUAUCUACGACUCCCAUCAUAAGGAUGUUCAUUUCGCAGUUGGUAAUGAGGUUUAUCUCUGCCUUGGUGAUGGCUAUGACAUCCCAGCCAACGCUAUUGCUGCCAAGAAGGUGCGAGACAAGCGUGCGGGACCUUUCAAGGUUCUUGAGCGAGUGGGUAAGCUUGCCUAUCGCCUUGAUAUCCCGGCUACAUGGAGAAUCCAUCCGGUCAUCAGUGUUGCGCAUCUUGAACCUGCUCCCAAAGGACCCGAUCCCUACGGACGAACAGCUACAGAGCCAGGUGCGGUGCUGGAUGAGCGCUUUCCUGAAGAUACUGAUCGCUACGAGGUUGAAGUCAUUCUUGACAAGAGAACACGCUGCUACGGUCGCAGUAAGACGCCUACUACACACUAUCUUGCCGAUAUUUUAAGAACCUGCCAGGCCAUAGAUUAUAAUAAUAAUGCAAAAAUAACUCAGAGGGUAUUAUACAAUUACUCUAUAUAUGCCAAAAUAAGCAAGAGUAAUUUACAGAAGAAGGAUACUAGGUUUCAAAUGCACAUAUUCUUUGUCCCUCAUUUUGUGAGCCCAUCGCAAAAAGGCGGGUGGGACGUUAGGAAGGUAUCAUAUAAACCUUCAAAUGUGGCCAUAAGGCAAUAUAAAGACCAGAUCGACAACAUUCAUCAAUAA